AUGACUACGACUGCUUCUCGAACGGACAUUAUCUCCUCGAUAAUGGGACCCCCUUCAGACCCGGCAAGCGCAAUCCGUAAGCCUGCUCAUACAUUUGCUACUGCUAAAAUGCGUCAUCCCAGUGUCCAUGUUCAAAUUGAUGCUACAGGCAUUAUCACAUCGUCGUCAUUUCGUAACAGUGUGUCGAUGAAGGCCGUGGCUCAACUCACAACGUUCACCAAGGACGAGCAGGUCGAGCAAACGAAGCUUUUGGAAGUCGUUUCUUCUCCUCCCCCCUUGUCACCUCCAUCGUCCAUCUCUUCUGACAGUGGCUCUGAUUCCAGUGAGAAUUCAUCGCCUACUUCUGUGAACGGAAAGCAGGAUCCUCCUCCUCUGUUGCCAGAAUUGGUUCCGGCCUUGAAGAAAUCUUCAGUUGUGGAGAUUUGUGAAGACUGGCGGCCGUUAUGUGACAACCUAUCUCGCUUUUUCAGUGCUAAUACACAUCAGAAGGGUGAUAUAUUACGAUGGAACAUAUUGCCCUUCUUGCGGAAGUACGCUUCUCGUAGUAUGCCACGACACGAUGUUGACCGCAAACGUGGUUUGUUGUACAAGUGGUGGGUUACAAUUCUGCGUACGCUUGAAGGCAUACCAAUGACGGCAACAGCUUCCAUGCCCGUGAGCGAUAUUCUCGCUUGUAUCGAAGCAAUUGCUAGUAUCGCUGAUCGUCCUGAAUGGCGCCAACUGGAUACGGAGUCUCCCAGCUAUCUGGAGUAUCAACUUGUGCUCUUUGACACACUUUCCUACAUACAUGGCUUAAUGUUACGGAAGCAUCCACCUGCAUGGAUGUAUCGUUGGUUUGCUCGAAUUGUUACGAUAUGUUUUUUUAAUCUGAAAGACUUUGCUCCUGUCUUGUUAAAGGCUUUUAGAAUCAAAUCUUCGUAUCUAAAUGAGCUGUACGAGCCCGUACAAGCGUCUCGUUUGAAUAGUAGUGAUUCGAAAUACGAGGACAGUCUUUUUCAGAGCUUUCCAGCACAUCUCCGCAAUAUUUCUGAUGAUAUAUUUACUAAGUCAUCGGAACUUUGUAUACCUACUUUUGAUGUCGGUUACGGCAGAAAGCCCCUUGUGUUUUCCCGUGCGUGGCUGAAGGCGUGGUCCUUUGAGCAUCAUUCAUUGUUCUUUCAUUUUCUUGGUUGCUAUCAUUCAUUUGUUGCAUCUCGCGUACCGUUCCAACUUCCGGGAAAGACGAUUUAUCGUCUUCCUGGCUACCUUCAUUUUCAUGCUCACCUGGCCGCAAUUUGUGUUACGGCUAUUCAACCUCCUGAGCAUCGCAGACAUUCUGUCACCGACCAUCUUCAUCGGCGACCAGGACCUCAUACGCCUCCUGUGAAUUCCCGACUCUCUAGUGAUUUUACUCGUUUGCGUGGAUUAAAUGACACACAAGAUGCUUUAAGGCAUUUGGAGGAUUCACUGCAGAGUUUGCUUCAGCAGACCACCAGCUGUCGGCAGCAACAGUUGAGAUUGCUGUAUACACUGGAACAUGUGUUGCUAAUCAUCGCCAAACAAGCCAAUAUCUAUGAAGUUCGCGCUUGUUUUUCAAUGUGUGCUUUGGCAGAAACAUGGUUUCAUGUGUUAAAUAGUUACGGUCACCAACUCAAGUUUAAACCUUGGAUUGAGGUAUGCCAACGCUACAUUGAGAGUGGUCAAACUUUGCCAACAGUACGUAUCAUCACCUUCUUAUUUGCUGUUUGGCCGCUUCUCUCCAAAGCGGAUGCAAAGUAUGCCUCCAUCGAGUGGAUUUUAUGUCCAAAGAUUUUCUUUCGACUUUUCUUGGACUGGUCGCCAAUGGUCCGUGCAUACUUCCAUCGAUUUGUGUGUUGGCGGCUAGUGAAGAUUGAGGAAGAUGAAUGUCUGUGGAAAGCAGACGUUCUUUUCCAACUGCGUCAUUUAAUGAAGUUCUGCUUUGAAGAGUACACAAGUUAUCGCGAAGACUGUCUAACGAGUGGACGACAACCCCCAUCUAUUUUACCAUGCACACCAACUCCCUCGAGACGUUUAGUGAUUGCUUUGUACAAAGGACAGAGUCGCCGAGUUAAUCAGCCUACUUCAGAGGUCACCCCAGAGGGACCGAGCGAUAGCAUGCUGCCACAGUUAUACGCUGGUGUGAAUGCAGUAUCAACGAGUGUAACCUCUUCGGUGAAACGUGCUUGGUCUCUGUUGCGCAGUACCUUGGUUCCCAGUCAGGGUGCUGGUGAAGCUAUGAUAUCUGGUAACGGAUACAUUACAGAUAGUAUUUCGAAACCAACGGUAAACGAACUUGAUUUUGCCGACACAGACAAACCUUUGCGAAAGCCACCAAUGUAUAAAUUUAUUUAUACGACUUGCCGUUCAACUCCGUCAUGUUAUUUUACGGUGUCUCCUAGGUCGUACAAGGAGCUUCUUCAGCAUUUCUCACAAAUUCAGUUGCCUUACCAAGCAAACUGUUACUUAUACACAAGCAAUCACAUCGUUGGGCAUCCUCCAAUGGAUAAGAUGAAUCUUCCCAAGGGAUUCUCUGUGUAUACAGGUCGUGCACUUGUUGAAUGGGCUCUUGUGGUUCAAGAGUUCGACGACUUUUACACACAGUAUCGUGCAAAGAACAUGUCAGAUUUCGUUGAGACACCUGACUUAACUAUAUAG